GUCCAAUUAGACAGAAAAGUGUUCCAACAAGAAGAAAAUUUACACCAUUUGAUGCAUCUAAGCCAUUUUGUAUUCCAUUCAAAUUACCUACUACUAUUAAUGAUAAUAAUUCUUCUGGUAUUCAAAUUAUUGAUAAGGAUCAAGAAAUUUGCUCAAAUAUGGAGACUAAUUCAACCUUUGAAAUACCUCAAAUUUUAUUAGAGAAUUGUAAAAAUUGUAAUAUAGAUAUUAAAUUUACAUUUCAAAAAAAAAUAUCAAUAUUGCUGUAA